AUGGUACCAGUUAGCGGAUGGGACGCUUUGGAUAGAACCCUCCGAGAGCACUAUGAUCAAAGCCCCACGAUAGUACUGCUAAACUGUGGCGGCAAUCGUCCCUUGCAAGACAUGCAGAUUCCCGAAGGCAGUAAAGUGUUCGUAAUCGACUCAAGGCGACCGUUCCAUCAUGAGAACAUUUUCGAAGGAGAACAGAUUAUGAUCCUUGUAGAUAGUGCUGAAGUCCCAAAGCUGAACAUACCAGAGAUGUCAUCUGUAAUGGAAGAUGACGAGUCUGAAGAAUCGGAAGAAGAUGACGAAGAUGAGAACGGUGAGGGACCAACAAGAAUGCAAAAAGUCGAACGAAGGCUUCUUAAGAAAGGUGAGGAGGCAAAAAAGCAAUGGUUAAAACGGCGAAAGAACAUAUUGUGGAAGUACUACGAGAACGCAUGGUAUUCAGUAUCGAUAACUAUAGAAGCGUACCAUGACGUAUGCAUUGAUCGGAUGCGACCGUUCAUUCAGCGGUUUUCUCCUCGUAACUCGGGAGCGAAGGCUGAUGAUCUGCUACGGGUCUCUUUUGAGAAGGAGCUUCCUUUAGCGAUGUAUUCCCACUGGUCAUUGUAUCGUGCUAUGAAUGUUAAUGAACACUUUGCAUGUAAAACCCGAAAUUGGACUCAAAAGGGCGAUUCCGAAGUGAAACAUUUGCUGGCGCACCUUGGCUUAACAUUGAAUGAGACUCGACAAAAGUUCGAGGCGAUGAAUUCGGUACGACGAAAAGAGGUUAUUCAAGUACUAGAGAAAGAGAUGGCGCCUUCGUUUGCCUCAUUCAUAGCUCACUUCGGCUAUUCGAGUCGAGUAUGCGCAGCUGAUGUUGCGAGAGGAUUAGCGGCAAGAUUAGAAUCACCUCGACGAAUACCUCUGGUUGAACGAUUUGAGUGUGCUCGUGGUAUUUUGCGGUGUUUCAUGAAAUCCCAUCAAGAUUAUGGUCCAUUGGUCAAAUGUUUCGACCUCUAUAAGAUCGGUCUCGAAUCUGUGUGGUCCUUAGUAGCAGCUGCAGUGAAUCAACAGGAAAUUCUGCCAAUAGGACCAUUUUUUCUUCACACAUCUACAAAUCCCUGUGAUGAAGUAAUGGACUCACGACAUUUCAUAUUUCUUUUCACGACCUUUUUGCAACGAGCAUUCUGCUCAGUACGGCGAAGUCGUGAUAGGACCACAAAGCCAUUUGUAGUGAGUUUGGCGCUGUCAGGAGACAUGCAAGGAUGGCAUUUGGUAACCGGUGUGAUGCCUCUGGAUACUGUAUAUACAGAUGCACAAUUAAUGAGUUUCAUGGGCCGAGCAUUUGAGCGAGCUGCUGAGCAAGCACAUUUAGAUGUACGAAGAGAUAAUUUUGAUCCUAACGUAGUCUUGGUGCGAUCAGAAGACCGUUCACGUUUCUUCGACUUGUUACAAGCCGUUAUGGAAAUCGAAUCAUAA